ACAUUAUAUUAGUAUCAAACGAAAAUUUACUGUUCACAAUAAAUAAUAAUGUUAAAAGAACCUAAAACUAAAUUGAGCAAUGGCAAAAUACCAAACAUUUUGUUGUCCAAGGACCAAUGCAUUGAUGUAGGAAGUGGCACCAAUGUCUAUCUUCGAGAAAAACGUUCAUUAUUUGAUAGACUCUAUUCAUCGAAAAUCCCAGAAAAAGUAAAAAGAACCAUUCUCAAAUUGAAGCUGGAUUAUAUUAAAAAUGACGAUGAGCGGAGUAGGCGAUUUAUAACUGUCAUGUAUAACUAUCGAGUACGAUCACGGACUGCAAUUAAAUAUUAUGAAUUACUUCAAAGACAACGUUUUUUCGGUUCAUCAACCAUGAAACCCAACCCUCGAAUUUUCGAUGCUCAAAUACCACCACAGCAACGUGUACCGUCUUAUAAAAAUAUUACUAUUUUGAUUCAAUGGUGUAAAAACCAUCGAAAGAUUUAUCCACGGGCAUAUGUGAUAUUAUUCGGCUAUUACUCAGGAUUACGUGCUGCAGAAUUGUGUCGAUUUACUAAUAAAAAUUUAAUACAGUUGAAAGAGAGACAGUCAUUAGUUACCGUCAAGCGAAAAUGGAAUGCUUCUUGGACUGUUACAUACCAUAAGCCAUUAGUAGAUUUCAUAGAUGAAUUGUGUAUAGUUUUCCAGAGAAAAGUGCAGCUAUAUUAUUCAGGUAUUAUAGAGAAACUAUUUGAUAUAUCUCCAAAUGUUCUCUCAGCAACUGUACGAAGUUAUUACAUUCAUGCUGUCAAUGAUUUACCUCCUUCCGGAUUUGGAAUUCACGUAAUGCGUUAUAUCAUUGGUACGAAAUUAGCAGAAAAUGAUAAACUACCUGCCGCACAACGGUUUCUUGGACAUAAACAACUUGACACUACAAAGCAUUAUUUGCGUUAUGACUUACAUGAAUUGAAUAAACGAUUAACUCAAGUUAUUCAAAACAAUCGCUUUUACUAUCAAUUGACAAACAUAUUAGAAUAUACUAUUGAAAAAAGCACACAGAACUAGGUAUAAAAAAGACAUUGACAGUUUAUUUUUUU